AUGCCUAAGAAUAAGGGAAAGGGUGGUAAGAAUCGUCGUCGUGGAAAGAACGAGAACGACAACGAAAAGCGCGAACUCAUCUUCAAGGAAGAUGGUCAGGAAUACGCCCAGGUCGUUAAGAUGCUAGGAAACGGCCGUCUCGAGGCCCAGUGCUUCGACGGCGAAAAGCGUCUCGCACACAUUCGAGGAAAGCUCCGCAAGAAGGUGUGGAUCAACCAAGGCGAUAUCAUCCUACUUUCCCUCCGCGACUACCAAGAUGAGAAGGGCGAUGUCAUUAUGAAAUACAGCGCCGACGAGGCUCGCAGUCUCAAGGCUUAUGGCGAGUUGCCUGAAAACGCCAAGAUCAACGAAACCGAUACAUACGGUCACGAAGGUUUCGAAGACAACGUCGAGUUCGACGAGGACCGUGACAGUGAAGACGAAAAGGAGAUCGAUGUCGACGAGAUCUAA